AUGUUCGUGUUCGGCUACGACAGCUACAUGGAGCACGCCUUCCCCCGCGACGAGCUGGACCCGCUGCACUGCCGCGGCCGCGGGCCCGACCGGCGCGACCCCUCCAACCUGAACAUCAAUGAUGUGCUGGGGAACUACUCCCUGACGCUGAUCGACGCGCUGGACACGCUGGCGGUAAUGGGAAACUCCUCAGAAUUCCAGAAGGCAGUGAAGUUGGUGAUUGACACGGUUUCAUUUGACAAAGACUCAACAGUCCAAGUUUUUGAGGCAACAAUCAGGGUUUUGGGAAGUCUGCUGUCUGCCCACAUCAUAAUUACAGACACCAAGCAGCCCUUUGGUGAUAUGACCAUUAAGGAUUAUGACAAUGAGCUGCUGCAUUUGGCUCAUGACCUGGCAGUGAGGCUGCUCCCCGCCUUUGAGAACACCAAAACUGGCAUUCCCUAUCCUCGGGUCAACCUGAAGAAGGGGGUUCCUCCAGACAGCCACAAUGAGACCUGCACAGCAGGAGCUGGAUCCUUGCUGGUGGAGUUUGGGAUCCUCAGCAGGCUGCUUGGUGAUUCCACRUUUGAAUGGGUGGCCAGGAGAGCUGUGAAGGCCCUGUGGAGCCUCAGGAGCAAUCACACUGGACUGCUGGGAAAUGUUGUGAAUAUCCAAACUGGUCACUGGGUUGGGAAGCAGAGUGGCCUGGGAGCAGGGUCGGAYUCGUUCUAUGAGUACCUGCUGAAAUCCUACAUCCUUUUUGGGGAAAAGGAGGACCUGGAGAUGUUCAACGCUGCUUAUCGCAACAUUCAGAACCACUUGAGAAGAGGGAGGGAGGCGUGCAAUGAAGGAGAAGGGGACCCUCCCCUGUAUGUGAACGUGAACAUGUACACGGGCCAGCUGAUGAACACCUGGAUUGACUCCCUGCAAGCCUUCUUCCCCGGACUGCAGGURCUGAUAGGAGAUGUGGAAGAUGCCAUUUGUCUCCAUGCCUUCUAUUAUGCCAUCUGGAAACGUUAUGGAGCCCUCCCAGAAAGGUACAACUGGCAGCUGCAGGCCCCAGAYGUUCCCUUCUACCCACUGAGGCCAGAGCUGGUGGAAUCCACAUACCUUCUUUACCAGGCCACAAAGAACCCAUUUUACCUUCAUGUGGGAAUGGAUAUUCUGCAGAGUUUGGAAAAAUAUACAAAAGCAAAGUGUGGCUAUGCCACGUUGCACCAUGUGGUGGAGAAGACAAAGGAGGAUCGAAUGGAGAGCUUUUUCCUCAGUGAAACCUGUAAAUACYUGUACCUGUUGUUUGAUGAAGAGAAUCCAUUGCAUAAAUCUGGGAAUAAGUUCAUGUUUACUACUGAGGGCCACAUCGUGUCUGUGGACGGGCGUUUUCGGACCUCRCUGUGGGAGGACAUUCUCCCUGGAGAGGAGGAGAGUGCUGACAGAGCCAAACCUGCUGAGCUGAAAGCAGCCAACUUCAGCUCCAAUUGUAACAGAGUCCCUGAUGAGAGGAGGUACCUGCUGCCCCUAAAGAGCAACUACAUGAGGCAGAUCGACAGAAUGGUGGGACUGAUCUGAGUGAUGCUCCAGGGAGCCUGGAGGAGCUCRGGAUUCCUCUGCUGACAUUCCAACCCCUUCAGCUCCUCCCUGAGUCCCCAAGGUGUCCCCUGGGCCUGGUGGGAGCUGUGGACACAAAGGAGAUGGAGCUCAACCCCCUGAUCUGGGUAACUCCUGUGCCACCUCAACAGACAGCUCCUGGUUGAAGACUUCUAUGAAAAACAUUGCAAAUGAAGGCUGAAUAUAUUUCAAAAGAAAAAGAAGGCAAAUURGCCUGUGCCACUUAGCUACCUCUUUGUAGCUGUGUUACAGAAGUCCCUCCAGAGAAGGGUCUGAUAUUUCAUUUGAAAAGCUCUUGGGGCUUGGGAAAGCAGUGGGAAAGUGCAAUUUUUUUUACACCAAGUUGAAUUAUUGAAUUUUUCUGACUAGCAAUACACAUCUUUAAGGUCUACUCAGGUAGGAACCCGCUGGGUUUGCUGAAACAAAACUGUUCUGUUCUUGGGAAGAGARCUCCUGGUGGUGUAAAAGCUGUUGGUGGAGUCUGAUAUCCCUCAGCCACAGCUGAACCUGCAGGGUUGUGAGAGCCAAAACCAGGGAUCAAACCAAUCCAGGUGCCUUUUGGGAGGGGAUGGGGGAGGGCAGGGGGAAUUGCAAAGCCACUCAGGCAGAAGUUCCCAAAGUUUCCUUGUUUGCCAUGUUUUAGUGCCUUUUCAGGAGAGAUGCUGCUAAGAGCUGGUGUAACAGUGCAUGAAGAACAAACUAUUUCACAUUCCUGACAGCAUUCAUGUGUUAGUGCCUUAAGUUCCCUUCAAAGCAGGGAAAACUGAGCUUCCUUGGGAGGAUGGAAAAGUAUUUCUGAUGAGCUGGUUGCAAAAUACAGUGGAGCCCAAAGUCCCUCAAAAAGGAACUUUAAAAGAGAUGAUUUUCAUUUUUUUUUUUUUUGAGAUACUGGAAGAAUAUUUGCCUGUGGAUAUUCUCCAGGAAGAAAGCAGUUAAGGGCUUGAGGGAUGAGAACAAACUGAGGCCAAAACAACUAUUUUAAAUAUAACAGGUUUUUUUUUUUUCAGUGGUUCCCCACUGCUUAUAUACUUUUGACUACAGUUGAAGUAGCAGAAUGUUAUUUUUGGGUUAAUGAUUUUUAAAUUGAGGCUUAAAUAUAAAAGGAAGUUGAUCUGCUGUAUUUUCACCUCCUUACAACUGCAUUGGUUUUCAUAAACCAUGUGUUGCAAGUCAAAACAUUUCUAAUAAAUAUGAAGUUUGUGCUGGAGAGGUUAUUGGUGGAAUCUUUUAAUGUACAGAUGCAUCUCAGGGACUUUGUUGUAGAAUCUUCUUUUCUGUGGUAGUUAAAUAUUUUAUUGAGGCAAAAAAAAUAAUCAUCAAGUCUUCUUA